GAUAGAGAAAAAGAGUAAUAGUGAGAAGAGGGAGUUAGAGAAAGAACAAAACAUAUACCCGACCGAUAUAAACGAAAAAUUCGGUCUCCCUCGAUAUUUAAUUAUUAAACGUUAAUUAUUAUCUUAGGUCGAUAAGGCAGGUAUCUGCUGCGAAAAAAUCUGCCGAUCGAGACAUCCCCGACGGCAUCAAAGAUAUCCUUAUAACCCGUAAUGUAUUUGAGAUCGCACAAGGGCGCAGUAAAAGGGUGGUACGAGCAAAAAAGAGAGGAGGCGGUAGGAGGUGGGGGCGGUUUGGCGAGGAGUCGAAAGAAUAACAACAUCAAGAAGAGCAAGAGUAAGACCGAGAGAAAGAGCAACAGCAACGACGCCAUCGUCGUCGUCGUCGUCGUCGUCGCCAUCGUCGUUGGUGGAUCGAUCAAAGACAGGAGGAGACGACUUGAUACCUCGGAUCAAAACGAUCUUUUUCACGGUAACUCAUUCCGUUUCACGGAUCUCGAGUUAGCUAGGAUUCUCCUGUUAAGGUCAAGGUCACUUCGUGAAAAAAUUAUUACAAGUAGCAACAGGGAGAAGAUUUCUUCGAGGCUGGUGUGCCUUGAGCGCGGUAUGAGCGAGGGUGAACGCUCGGUAACGACGCCGCGAAUCGGCUGGCGAAAGCUCACCGAUCCUGGAGACUGACACGAAUCAAGGAAUCCGCCGGCAGAUCCGAAGCGAUAGCAUCGGCUACGGCUUGCUCCUCGGCUUCCAUAUUCUCCUGCCGCUCUAUCUGCCAAAAGUUCUGAUGAUAGUACGAAACCCUUAGAAUUUCCUAAGAUCAAUGUCAUACAAAUGGUAGAAAACGGUCCACCUAGAAGAGCCUCGAGAACCUCCAAGAGAGAUCCCAAAAUGGCGGGUAAUCGGUGUCGGUAGCAGACGGGGGUAUUAUUUAGCCCACGAAUAAAAGAAGAACAAAAGAGGAAAAGAAAAACAAGGUUCACCGACCUUUGACGUACUCCUAUACUCGUCACCGAGAGCCCAUCAUCAUCGCCUCGCAAUCUUCCUCUUGGAAUAGAUUUUUCGUCGAUUAUUCUCUCGAGUGUCCUUGGUUCUUCUCGUUAUAGAUGAACUUACUUUCAGAGAAAGAACCUUACCACUAAUAAAGAGAAUUGAGAGAGAGGGAGAGAGAAAGAGAGAGAGAGAGAGAAAGAGAGAGAGAGAGAGAGAGAGAGACAAAGAGAAAAAGAAAAACGAAAAAGAAAGGCGAGGAGAUCGCGAAUCGAAUCGUACCACCAAUUUUUCCUUCUCUAUAAUCCAGCCUCCCCUUCCCCUCCCACCCCUUCAAUGGACAAUAAUAAUCCAUAAGAAAUAAAUUUUAGUGAUAAUAUGUAGUAGUGGUAGAAGUAAAUCGGGAAGGACAAGAAUAUAAAUAGACGAAGAGGAGAAGUUCCUCUCGUGAAAAAGCCGCAAAGAAAUCUUUGCGAAAAUCACGAUUGCCUACUCGUCGUCUAAAUAUCCUGGGAAGAGAGAGAGAGAGAGAGAAAGAGAGAGAGAAAAAGAGAGAGAUAGAUAAAGAAAUAAUAGAAAAAUAAGAAAGUUUUAUUUUGUUGUCCUACGUGAUCGAUUGAUCUAUCAAUCGAUCGAUCAUCGUCUCAUCGUUAUCAUUAUCAUCAUCGUCGUCGUCAUCUUACGUCGUCAUCAUCAUGCCGCCGACGCCAAGCAAGUUGAAUCUUAGCUUCGCCAGAAACGCUUAUAGCGUUUUUGGAACUCGUGCUACUGGUACGACGACGGAACAACAACGCGAACAAAAAACGGAACUUCUGGAGGGUAAGAAUGGUACGAGAGGCAAUGGCCUCCUUCAUCUGAAAAAUGGUGUGGAUUACAUUAACCCGGGCGAAGAAGAUCAGAUGGAAAUUUAUGGUUAUAAAAGAAAUCAUGUUUUCACUGUAAUUACCUGGUUCUUCAUCUUCGUUACCGGUGGUCUCUUGCGAUUGGUUUUCCAUUGGGUACCACACCUUAUGUUGCUAGCUACUCAUUCCAAAUGUCCAUUGGAUGAGGCUGAAACGGUUCUUUUGGUCGAAAAGUUUCAAGGAAAGCAUACUAGUUAUUACGUGAAAAAAUUGAGAACGUUAGCAGCUCGCGAUGUUACUAACAUACCGUUUGAUGGAGAAUCGUUGAUUGAUAAUGAGCCAUGGAUGGAUAAUGGGAGCAUGAUAACUAUAAAGGAAGAGAAGGAAGCAAUUUCAACAUUGUCUGUGCACUUGGUUGGCGGACAUUUUAAACAGGUUCAAUCGAUCGUCGUUUUUAAUUGCAAGAAGUUAACAUACGUAUGGGAUACGGAAAGAUCUGAAUUUUUAAAGUUACGUGGACUUGACAUUGGUGUAUUAAACUCGUCUCUACACCAAAUGCAAGGUUUGAGUGCUCAAGAACAAUAUAUGAGGCGAAAUGUUUAUGGAAACAAUGAAAUUGUAAUUCCAGUAAAAAGUAUAAUAACGUUAUUGUGUCUCGAAGUACUCAAUCCGUUUUACGUCUUCCAACUAUUCAGUUUCUGCUUAUGGGUAGCGGAUGAUUAUUAUUAUUAUGCGAUGGUUAUUCUGAGCAUGUCCAGUGCUGGUAUCAUGAUGGCGGUACUCCAGACUCGUCGAAAUCAAGAUAAUCUACGAUCUUCUGUACACGCGGUUUCGUCCGAAUUGGCAACCGUUAUGAGAGAUCGUUCUACUGGACAAACUGCAAGUAUACCGGCAGAACGUUUAGUUCCUGGAGAUGUCUUAGUUAUUCCACCUCAUGGUUGUACUAUGACUUGCGACGCUGUGCUGUUAACGGGAAAUUGUAUUCUAAAUGAGUCCAUGUUAACCGGAGAAUCCGUUCCAGUCACGAAAACGCCCAUACCUUCUUCCAAUGAAAUCGUAUACGAUACGAAAGAACACGCAAGGCAUACCCUCUAUUGUGGUACAAAGAUUAUUCAAACGAGAUAUUUCGGAUCGGAAAAGGUACUUGCAGUUGUCAUCAGGACAGGCUUUAGCACUAGCAAAGGAGGACUGGUACGAUCGAUCAUGUAUCCACCACCUGUUGAUUUCAAAUUUGAACAAGAUUCUUAUAAAUUCGUCAUAUUAUUAGCCGGAAUAGCCAGCAUCGGUGUAAUCUAUACCGUAGUGUCAAAAGUUAUGCGGGGUAUUCAAAUAAGUCAUAUAGCUUUGGAAGCUUUGGAUCUAAUAACUAUCGUGGUGCCACCUGCUCUACCAGCGGCUAUGACAGUUGGUCGACUUGUUGCUCAAAGAAGAUUAGAAAAGAACAAAAUAUAUUGUACAAGUCCAAGGACGAUAAAUGUUUCUGGUUCGAUCGAUUGCAUUUGUUUCGACAAAACUGGAACUUUAACAGAGGAUGGUCUCGAUAUGUGGGGUGUGGUACCAGCUUCAGAUAAAAAAUUUCAAUUUCCUGUAAAGGAAAUAAUGAAUUUACCAUUAAGCGAUUUACUAAUAGGAAUGGUCACGUGUCAUGGAAUCACUAUAAUUGAUAAUCAAUUGGUAGGUGAUCCACUUGAUUUAAAAAUGUUCGAAUCUACUGGUUGGACUCUGGAAGAACCUGACGUUUCGGAUACUUCCAAAUUCUCUAUGCUCUUUCCCACGAUAGUUCGGCCUCCUAAGGGUUCCAAACUUUUAAAGAAAGGAACGAACGAGGUAUCGAUCGAUAUGAGUCGACAAAAUUCUAUGACUUCCGAUAUGGUCGAUAGCAUCUCUUUAAGCAACUUAGAUCCUGCUUUAACUGGUUCAACAGCCGAUUUAGGUGAACAGGGUAUAGAAAUCGGUAUCGUUCGGCAAUUUCCUUUCACAUCUAGUCUUCAAAGGAUGAGCGUAAUCACCAGAACAUUGGGAGCUAAUCACUAUGAUCUUUAUUGCAAAGGAAGCCCUGAAAUGAUCCUCAGUUUGUCCAAACCAGAAUCCAUUCCGCUCGAUUUUGCGAACGUCCUUCAAGAAUACACAUCAGAAGGUUAUCGCGUAAUAGCCAUGGCACAUAAAUCCUUAUACCGUCUUCCUUAUGCCAAAGUACAACGGAUGAGUCGUGAAUCUGCCGAAAUUGACUUAACUUUCUUGGCAUUCGUGAUAAUGGAAAAUCGUUUGAAGCAGGAAACUACACCUGUAAUCACAGCUUUGAAUACUGCUUGCCUCAAAACUGUCAUGGUUACAGGAGACAACAUGCUGACAGCAUUGUCUGUGGCCAGAGAUUGUGAUAUAGUUAAACAAGGAACACCUGUUAUCGUAGUGGCAGCGAUCACCCAACAGAAUCAAAUUAAACCACAAAUCUAUUUCACUAAAAGUAAUAGCCAAGUAUCGCCGAUAUCACCUGUUGGUCAAGGUGAUUUCAGUGAAAUGACGGAUCUCAAUAGUGUAGUCAGUUUGGAAACUGUGGAAAGUGGAUCCUUUGGAAAUAAUGUUUUAGAAAACGAUGUCAAUUAUUUAUCGGAUAAUAUGCAACGAACGCGAAACAAUUACGUUUUUGCUCUGACUGGCAAAACGUGGGCAUUGGUGAAACAAUAUUAUCCUGAACUUAUUCCCAAAUUGGCUACAAGAGGUGCCGUUUUUGCUAGAAUGUCACCGGAUCAGAAGCAACACCUCGUUCAAGAAUUACAGGCUCUUGGAUAUUACGUCGCUAUGGUGGGUGAUGGUGCUAAUGAUUGCGGAGCGUUGAAAGCAGCUCAUACAGGAAUUUCUUUGUCAGACACCGAAUCUUCCGUAGCUUCGCCAUUCACCAGUCGUGAAACAAAUAUUUCAUCACUUCUUACGGUAAUUCGCGAAGGUCGUGCCGCACUGGUAACAUCAUUUGGAAACUUCAAAUACAUGGCUGCGUAUUCGUUGACACAAUUCAUCUCUGUGAUGCUACUUUAUAGCAUCGAAUCAAAUUUGACUGAUAUUGAAUUUCUUUAUAUCGAUCUCUUCAUUAUUUCGAUAUUCGCUUUCUUCUUUAGCCGAACUGAAGCGUAUGACGGUCCAUUAGUGAAAACAGCACCUUUGAAUAGUCUUAUUAGUACGACGCCGGUUCUUAGUUUAUUCACGCAAAUCUUAAUCGUAGGAAUCUUUCAAUAUGCAAGUUUUUGGCAUCUCCAACAAAUGGAUUGGUACGUACCCUUCAAUACAACGCUUCGAUCGGUCGAAGAUAAGGACAAUGUUGGAUGUUUAGAAAAUUACACCAUAUUCAUUAUCAGUUCAAUGCAGUACAUCAUUCUAGCCGUAGCUUUCUCGAAAGGUCGGCCUUAUAGAAAAUCAAUCUUUACGAAUUACGGUCUUUUGAGUUCUUUCGUUUUAUUAAGUCUCAUUUCUAUCUAUCUCGCUCUCUACCCUUUCAAAUGGCUUGCCAACUGGUUCGAGCUCGUACUUCCCGAUGACAUAAAGUUCCGUUUUGUUCUGGUAGCUUACGGUAUUGCCAAUUUCUUAAUUUCUUUGUUGGUGGAAUACUUCUUCGUCGAUUAUUUGGUAUUCAGUAAAUUACGUUAUCGUUGGCACAAUAUUGACAAGUCUAGACGAAAAUUCUUAGCGAUCGAUCGUGAUCUAGCAAGAGAUUUAAAAUGGCCACCAAUAUCUCAAGAACCAUUACCGGAAGCAGCACCGGACAUUCUUAUUCGUCAGAACGUCACCGAAAUUAAAAUCGAAAAACGAGUACCCGAACCUUGCCGACCAGUCGACACAAGCUUCAUGAACAGUCCAAUCUGUAAUAAUAUCAAACAAUUCGGAUCUGCUCGAGAAGUGACCUUAAAUCCUAGAUCUCUCUUCAACGAUCGUAGGAAUACCGUGUCGAUGCAAACGGUACCAUGUUUUGAAGGAAAGGAAUCAAUGAAACAAUCUAAAAUAGAAUUGAUGACUAAGAGAAGACACAAUUCUGAAUCAGAAAAUGGUAUUAAUCAAUAUGACAAAUCUUUUAGAAUUCACAACACGAAUCCGAUUGCAACAUUACCACGAAAUCCUACGACGACAUUGCAACCGCAAAGAUUAAGAGACUUCAAGGAAAUUCUUGUUCACAAGAGCGAGGAUGGUUUAGCACCCAGUACACAAAGCGUCCUCGAACUCGAUAUAUUACCGUCCUGAGAAUCGGCUCUUUUGAAUGAUCGAUUAUUGAUCGCUGACACGAAUCAGGAAGAUUUUCUGUCUGGAUCAGUCGAUAAAUACUGUCAUAUAUUACGGAAAUAUUUUACCGCCGAUGAAAUUGAAUUACUUUUAUUCGUCGUACCUAGUAAAUUAUCAAUCCUUCGAGGAUCUCAAGUUAGUUGACGAACUUUUAUCAUUAAAAAAAUGUUAAAAAGGGUUCCGCUGUUUUCUUCUAUCGUAGUUUUUUUUUUUUUUGUAUUUGUUUGUUCUUUUUUUUUUCUCUUUUUUUAAGAAGUACGGAUUCUCGUUCUAAGUAUUAUCAAUUAAAGGACGGAAGAACGGUGCUUUCUUGUUUCACCCAAUCAGCAGAAUGUACUUCUAUGACCUUAUGUGAGAAACUUAACGUUUUUUUCGUGUGUUCAAAAACUCGAUGAUUAUAAUUAGUAUCUAUACAUAUAUAUAUGUAUGGUACGGUACUUUAUACAAAACUUUAUUGCAUGGUUUUAGUUACUUAAUCCGAUUCUAAUAGAAUAUGAACUUUUAGUUUUGAUAAUAUUAUCGAUUUGUAGUUUCUUUUUUUUUUAUCGUCAAAGCAUAGCCUAAUUUGUUAAUAAAAAAUCGAAAGAUAUCGAUCGAUGGUAGAACGAUCUCUUAGUAUUCUUCAAGAAUAUGUAGAGUGUGUUUUUCUACACUGUGUGUGGUUAUAGUAAGAUUUUAAAGAAUAAAAGCAUUUACAUAGGAACAAUACGGUGUCCACGACAGCUUAUAAACGACGAUAAAUCAUUUUUUUAAAGAUUUUUUUUUCUUUUCUCUCUUUUUUUUAUUUUUAUUUUUGUUUUUUUUUUUUGUUUUUGUUUUGCUUGAGUGAAGAAAAAAAAAGAACGAAACUCACGAUAUCGAGUGAUAAGGGUCCCUUUUGACCCGACCUCUCUCUCUCUUCGUUCUCCUCUUCCUAACUACUAGUAUUGAAACUUAGCCCUCUCAAGAGAAAGUAUUAUAUCGUUAUUUAUUUUAAAGAAAAAUAAACAUUUUUGCUCGUCCACGAAGCUCGAUCAAAUAAAUGGCCGGGUUUUUCUUAACGAAAAGCCAAUUUAAGUCUUCGUUUUGUUUCGUACGUGAAAAUCGUCAGUGUUCUUUGUGAUUAGGAUGUUGAGUUCAUUUUUAAUUUGAAGAAAAAGA